AAAAUAACUCAUCUAAUUUAAAAAAUAUAAAAAUAUUGAUAAAUUGAUCGGUAAAAAAAUUGACGAACUUUUUUUUAUGAUAUUCACCAUCGAAGGGGCCUAAAAUCUCGCUCGCUCCGUUAUUAGUGGCCUUCACUCACCACCUCGGCAUAUCUCCGUCUCUGCGGCGUAAACGAGCAUCUUUAAUCAACCCAUCGCUCCCAUCCUGGCAAGCUUCUUUAUACAUGGGAAACUGUGCCCCAUCCAAGAGCAACAGUGUCGAACGGCGGGACCGCCGGCCGGCGGCGGCGGUGGGGACGGUGACGGCGAAGGUGAUACGCUUGGACGGGAGUUUGGAGGAGUACAAUGGGGCGGUGAGGGCGGGCCUGGUGGCGGCGAAGAGCCCGGGGUGCUAUUUGUGCGCCGGCGAGGCCAUGGAGGUCGGAGCCCACCCGCCGGGGGUGGCGGAGGCGGAGGAACUCCAGCCGGGGCAGCUCUACUUCCUUCUCCCCAUCUCCUCCUCCCGCCAUCCUCUUUCCCUCCCCGACCUCUGCCUCCUCGCCAUCAAGGCCAGCGCCGCCCAACGCCGCCACCCUGAGGAGGCGCCGGCGGCGCCACCACCCAGCUCUCCACCCGGGGAUAUCCAAAAAUGAGUUGUUAAUAAGAAAAACAGUGGAAGUUGUAAACAAAAAUAUUAAGAUUUGUUGGUGUGUCGAGAGUAAUAAACUCGUAAUGUAUAUGCUGUGAUGGGAGUAAUAAUCUCAGUUUUUUGUUCCUAUGAUUUCAUC